CAUAUAAUAGAGAGCAGAUUUAGUUAUCAAUCAUCGAAAAUUGCAGACUAUACGAUGUCUGGUCGGUUUCUAACAUGAUUUGUAGUAUAUCAAAACGGGUCCCACUCACGCGCCGCUUCUUUACUUAUGAGUCUGACUCAUCGCCAAAGCAAAAAUCAUCAAAAAAAGAAAAUCUCUCUCUCUCUCUCUCUCUCUCUCUCUCUCCACGCUUACGCCGGCAUACUCUCCGGGCAUCUCAGAUCCUCAAGUGAAACAUUAGGAAGAAGAAGAAGAAACACUGGUUUUUGGAUGUGUAAAUGAGCAUUAUUCACAGAUGUUAUUUGCAGCAGAAGGUGGAGGCUUCUUCUCUUCAUCAGCUUCUGGGUACAGCAACGGUUUAGCCCUUCUUCUACUAGGCCACAAGGAUGAACCCAAACCUGUAAUAGUAUCCCCGUGGAGACAUUAUCAUUUGGUAGUCGAAGAAACCGAUACCAAGUUUCAAUUAGAUUCUUCUAAGAAAUGGCUCUGCACUUCCCUUACAUGCUUUGGUCGCAAAUCUGAUAGACCCGACAAUCCUUCCCAACCACACGAUUUCCCUUCUGACAAGAGGGAUGGUGCCCAACAGAGUGUGGACUAUGAAUGUUGUAGUAAUAGGUUUGCACUUAAGAGCAGCCUCAAGAAAAGAUCAUUUAGCGAUGCUCUUCUUGCUGAUGAUGAUGUGAGUAGAGAUAAUGGUGUGUUGAAUCAUGCUGACAGAAGGAAAGUCCAGUGGCCUGACACUUGUGGUAUUGAGAUUGCUGAGGUCAGAGAGUUUGAGCCUAGUGAAGUGGAUGGAUUGGAUGAUGAGUUGCAUCAUGGAAAUAGAAAAAGCUGUAUGUGCACAAUCAUGUGACCAGAUCUUCGAUCAAGAAGAAGCUAAAGGCAUGUUUUCAGACACAAAAGGGCUUUCAUUGGCACAGCUCAUAUUGUUGAAUGUUGAGAUAGAUGCGCUCUGUUUCUGGCCAACUUCUUGUGCACCUUUGACAUAUAUAUAUAUAUAUGGCUAAAGAGAUGCGUAUAGUUUUGGAUAAGAGGAACUUUUAGAUGUGUACCUACCACUUGAUGAUUUGUCCAAUUUGUGCUGUGUUAUAGAGGUUAUUCAAUGUAACAUCAUCUGUCUAUGGAACCCUCUGUCCUGUAAUGAUAAAAAAAAUCCACACAACAACUUUUGGAGUUGAAAAUUCAACAAAAAAAAAGGAUUUCAAGUGUUAA